UUCACCCCCUCUUCUCGUCGUCGUCGUCGUCUUGCUGUUCUGCUCUCUCCGAUCAGCUCCAAUGGCGCUGCAACUUUCUCUCUCUAACCCGUCCUCGCUCCGCUCUGGCGGUGCUGGUAGUAUCUCGAUCGCUUCCUCCUCUUGUUCCUCCCUCUCUUCUUCGCCGUCGUUGAAGAGCGCGAAGAUGGUCGUCGGUCGGACACGGAGGAGCGGGAUCGGUGCGGUGAGGUGCGGUGUGGAGACGGCUGUCCCGGCGAUCGGGCAGGUCACGGAGGUCGACAAGGACAGCUUCUGGCCCGUCGUGAGGUCCGCCGGCGCCAAGACCGUCGUCCUCGACAUGUACACCCAGUGGUGUGGACCUUGCAAGUUGAUGGCUCCAAAAUUCCAAAAACUAUCUGAGAAGUACUCUGAUGUUAUCUUUCUAAAGCUGGACUGCAACCAAGACAACAAGCCUCUGGCGAAGGAGCUCGGUAUCAGAGUGGUUCCCACUUUCAAGAUCCUCAGGGACAACAAGAUCAUAAAGGAAGUCACCGGAGCUAAGUUCGACGAUUUGGUUCUAGAGAUUGAGACUGGCAGAUCGAGCUGAAUCCACUCUGCCGGAGAAAUUCUCACAUACCACGGCCAACUUCACAACCCAAAUAACUGUUGUACUUACAUGUAUCUAUUUGUAUCAAUCACUUCACAUUUUGAGCCGUAGAUGAAAUGAGCCAAGUGAUUUUACACGCAGCAUCGAACGCCGAAGUCGCAAGACUACCUAUCUUUCAAUUGCGGUAACGCACGACAUCGUUGUCUACCUGAUGUAUGUAUGCAAAACUCGACAUUUGCUAGAAAUUCAAGAAGCUUACAGAACUGAAUUGCCAA